AUGUCUAAGCUAGUGUUGAUGAUGCUCGCUCAACUGGCGACAGCAACAUCGGAUACAACUACAUCCGCCGACGACAGCCGAGUGAUCCUCCUACUGGAUUUCCGCAAGGCUUAUGACACGGUCGAUCGCGAAUUCCUGUAUGAGGCUCUUCGCCAAUUUGGAUUCGCGGAAAGGUAUGUUCAGCUUAUUACUCGACUACAUACUGGUACUACGGCCGCGUUCCUUGUAAAUGGGGAACAGUCUCGUCCCAUCUCCGUCGUUUCCGGUAUCCGGCAAGGCUGUCCACUCGCCCCUUUGCUUUUUCUCGUCGUGGUGGAGAUAUUGGGCGUUGCGGUACAGCAAUCACCAGAUUUGUCUGGGCUUCCUGUCCCUGGACGACAUCCGGCAACGCACGUGUUCUCGGCGUUUGUGGAUGACUCAACGAUCUUUCUCGAGAAGGCCAGUCAGCUGGAGCCAGCGAUAGCUCUUGUCUCUCAAUUUGGGACCCUAUCAGGGCUAGUUGCCCGACCCUCCAAGAGUCAGAUCAUUUGUCUUAAUCGGGCUGUGCACGUAGCUGACAUGCGGGGCAUUCCGGUCCUUCAAGAGGCGGACACGGUGAGAUACCUGGGCUUUCAAGUCGGACUGAGACCCUUACACAAUUGUAACUGGGCGCUUCGCAUCCGGAAGCUUCAAUGGAGGCUAAUGACAGCUUCUAGGGUGGCGACCAGUGUGGCGAAUCGGGUAUUGAUCCUCAACUCCAUCAUUCUCCCGUCUGUUCUUGACACGGCGGCGGUUUUCGAUAUGCCUGAGUGGGCACGACUUGCUGUCCACAACCUGUCCAAACAAUUUUUAUGA